UUGGUUGAGUUAUAUAAGUAAUUAAUUUAAGACUUUGAUAUAUGAAUGUGAAUAACUUUUGUUUAGUAUAUAUAUAUAUUGACUUAAUUUUGGAGGGGCAAAGUGACGCCAAAAAGAUAUGCUCGAAACUCGAGAGGGUCAAAGUGCAAUAUAAUACAAUUCACCCUUUCCUAUAUUUUCUUAUUUAGUGAAAGCCCUUUUCUUUUCUUCAUGUGAAUACAUAUUUUGAAAUUAUUUCUUUUUCGAAUCAUUUGAAUCUGUACAUUAGAAAUCCUAUAAAGAUUUUCCAAUUCUCAUCUCUUAGCUUCCUUACAAAAAAUUAAAUAUAUAUAUAUAUAUAAUAAACCCUUAUAAGAAACCCUAAAAAAACAACAUCAUGUGGAUGAUGGGGUACAACGAAGGCAUCAAUCAAGAUUCCUUUAACGGCCGGAAUAUUCCUCUCGUACGGACAACCGCCUGCUCCCGCAUCAGCGGCACUGAUCUUCUUACCCUAAAUCACAAUCUUGCAAUGGGUGGCGGGGAUCGAAACAAGAGAGAGUUAAACAACGGCGGCGCGACGAAACAGCAGGUGGUUGUGAGCACGCGGUGGAACCCUACAUUGGAGCAAAUACAAACCCUAGAAGAAUUGUACAGGAGGGGCACAAGAACUCCGUCCGCGGAGCAAAUCCAACACAUCACCGCCCAGCUCCGCCGCUACGGCAAGAUUGAGGGCAAAAAUGUCUUUUACUGGUUCCAGAAUCACAAGGCUAGAGAACGCCAAAAACGCCGCCGCCAACUCGACCACGAUCAAGUCGUCGAUGAACCACCAACCCAUAACUAUAGUACUCAAUUUACCCAUCAUGUACAAAACAAAGAAUCAUCGUCACCAGAGGAAAAUGGGACAGUAAUAUUUGAGGUUGAAGAAUCCAAGAACUGGGCAUCACCUACAAACUCUAUUAGUACAAUAUUGGCAGAGAAAAAUGUUGCAACACAAGGGGCAGAAGCAGCAGCAGCAGCAGACGCAGAAUGCAAAUCAGAUGGAUGGCUACAAUUCGAUCAUGCACAGAGGAAUGCCACGUGUCAUAUAAUCUCUUCUCCAUAUCCUCCUGUCUCUACUUGUAUUGAACCCUGCAUUCUUGAAAAUUUCGACCACUCAGCCGCCGCCGCCGGCGGCAGUGGCGGAGAUGCCCAGACCCUCCAACUGUUUCCUCUGGGGAGCGGCGGCGGCGGCUGUGAAGAUGACAAGGAGGAAGAGGAGGAAUCCGGUGGUGCAGCCAUGAAUGACAUCAGUGAUGACGUCAUACCUUACCAAUUUUUCGAAUUCCUGCCAUUGAAGAAUUAA